AUGAGACUAGUAUCCGCUCCUGUGAUUACAGCACCAGACUAUGGUCAAGAAUUUGAGUUGAUGUGUGAUGCAAGUUACUAUGCAAUUGGUGUUGUAUUGGGUCAAAGGAAAGGCAUAGUUUUCCAUGCCAUUUAUUAUGCAAGUAAAGUGUUGAAUGAUGCACAGAUCAAUUACACUACCAUUGAAAAAGAAAUGUUGGCAAUUGUGUAUGCGUUAGAAAAGUUUAGAUCGUACUUGGUAGGAUCAAAAGUCAUAGUUUACACGGAUCAUGCAGCAAUCAAGUACUUACUUAAUAAAGCUGAUUCCAAGCCUCAUUUAAUCAGAUGGAUUCUAUUACUUCAAGAGUUUGAUUUGGUGAUUCGGGACAAGAAGGGUUCUGAGAAUGUAGUAGCUAACCACUUGUCACGACUGGUUAAUGAGGAGGUAACUUUGAGAGAGAUGGAAAUAAGAGAUAAAUUUCCAGAUGAAUCCCUAUUCAUGAUGAGUGAGAGACCCUGGUUUGCUUACUUGGCUAACUUCAAAGCAGCAGGAAUUGUCCCUAAAGAUUUGACUUGGCAGCAAAGGAAGAAAUUUCUUCACGAUGCUCGAUUCUAUGUAUGGGAUGAUCCACAUCUGUUCAAGAUGGGUGCUGAUAACAUUUUGAGAAGAUGUGUUACUAAGGAGGCAGCCAAGAAUAUUUUAUGGCACUACCAUAACUCUCCAUGUGGAGGGCAUUAUGGUCCUCUUCCCUCAUCCUUGGGCAAUGAAUAUAUUCUUGUAGUUGUGGAUUAUGUUUCUAAGUGGGUAGAAGUUGUAGAUGCACCUAAGAAUGAUGCCAAAACUGUGAUGAAAUUCCUAAAGAAGAACAUAUUUGCACGGUUUGAAGUGCCCAGAGUCCUAAUCAGUGAUGGGGGAUCUCAUUUUUGUAACAACCAGCUGCAGAAGGUGCUAGGCCAUUAUCAUGUUACACAUAAAGUUGCCUCACCUUAUCAUUCACAAACUAAUGGUCAAGCAGAAGUCUCCAACAGGGAAUUGAAUAAAAGUUUGGAGAAAACUAUAGCAUCAAAUAGAAAAGACUGGAGAAGUAAGUUGGAUGAUGCACUAUGGGCCUAUAGAACUGCUUUUAAAACUCCUAUUGGCUUAUCUCCAUUCCAAAUGGUUUACGGCAAAUCAUGUCAUUUACCAAUGGAAUUAGAGCGUAAAGCAUAUUGA